GGUACAAGAUUUCGGGCCUCAACUUUUCAUUCUUCUAUAUUAUAUACUCUCCUCUUCUUUUAUACUCCUCAUUCUAUCGAGUGCCCUCCUUUCUUCCUCGGACUGCCACCAGAGCAGACAGUGAGUCGACUAUCAACAGACCCUUCGCCAUGUCGGGUCUUCAGGCCAUCCGAUACACGAGGGGCAAGUUAGAGGUGCUGGACCAGCUCCGACUGCCCCACGAACACCACUACGACCAUGUCGCGACAAGUGAGGAGGCAUUCGACUGCAUCAAAGCGAUGCGCGUAAGAGGCGCCCCAGCAAUCGCCAUAGUCGCAGCGCUCGCACAUGGUGUCGAAUUACAUGAAGGGGCAUGCAAAGCAUCAACCGCAGCCGAAACAAUAUCCUACAUCGACUCUCGCCUAGACUACCUGAAAGAAUCGCGGCCGACCGCCGUCGAUCUGACCAACGCCAUAACACACCUGAAGUCCGUCGUCCGCGCCGUCGAGACCUCCACUCUAGACCAAGCCGCUGCCAAUUCAGCCAUCAUAGACGCCUACAUCGCCGCCGCCGAGGAGAUCUUUCGGAAAGACACCGAGACAAACCUCUCCAUCGGCGAGCACGGAAGCAAAUGGCUCUUCGCCAAUGCGCCCGUCAAAUCGCCCGAGGGCAAAGUCUCAGUCCUCACGCACUGCAACACAGGCUCGCUCGCGACGUCAGGCCACGGCACCGCCCUCGGCAUCAUCCGCUCGCUGCACUCAGCGGGGAACCUGCACCACGCCUUCUGCACCGAGACGCGCCCCUAUAACCAAGGAAGCCGACUGACGGCCUUCGAGCUCGUAUACGAGCGCAUGCCAGCGACACUAAUCACAGACUCAAUGGCGGGCGCGCUCUUCGCCACCAAGAAAGCGGAGAAGUACAUUUCCGCCGUCAUCGUCGGCGCCGACCGCGUCGUGCGCAACGGCGACACGGCCAACAAGGUCGGCACCUACGCUCUCGCCGUGCUAGCGCGGUAUCACGGCAUCAAGUUUAUCGUGGCGGCGCCCACGACAAGCAUUGACUUGCAGACGACGACGGGCGCAGACAUCAAGAUCGAGGAGCGCAAGCCGGAGGAGCUCACGCAAAUCAGCGGCGCCGUGGUCGGGUCCGAUGGUAAAGUAGACAUCACCCGCGUCGCGAGGGUCGCAACAGCGCAUCAGGAGAUAGGGGUAUGGAACCCCGCCUUCGACGUCACGCCAGCCGAGCUCAUCGACGCCGUCGUGACGGAAAAGGGUGUCGUUGUCAAGGGUGAGAACGGCGCUUUCGACUUUCGGGAUAUCAUGCCGGAGAGGUGGGCAGCGGUCGUAGAGAAAUAAGCCAAGUUGAUAUGAAUUAAAAACGCUAAAUAAGGGUAUCUUUAAUGCUGUCCCCUUUCCCCCCACAUGUCGUGAGAGUAGCCUAGGCUGUCAGUUCCCUUUGUGCGUAUCGCAUGAUAGCAUCCCUCGCGGUAUACCCUUGCCCGUACACCACCUCUAGCCUUACUGUAAACCAACGCUUUUCAUUUAUCUUGCUCAUUAAUCAUGCUUGCCUCCACCAUAUUCC